GGGAGCGCGCGCCGAGGCAGGGCAGGCGCCGGCCGCCGGAGGUCGUGCCCGCGUCCCGGUGUCCGGCUGCCGCCCCGGCCGUGGUGAGGCAGGCGGCCACCUGCUGCGCCGCCCCGCGGGCCGCAGCGUUCCCACGCCGGCGCACGAGCCUUUCCGGCGGGGGCCGCCGGGCGCGCAGCCAGGGCGGGAGCCGUCCCCGCCGCCGCACCGAGGCCGGUGCCCUUCCCGCGCUUCGCCAGCCGGUCCGCGCUCCGGGGCCAGUGAGCUGGACAUGAUUUCCACGAGGGUGAUGGACAUUAAGCUUCGAGAAGCUGCAGAAGGCCUUGGGGAGGACAGCACAGGAAAGAAAAAAUCCAAAUUCAAAACAUUUAAGAAGUUUUUCGGGAAAAAGAAGAGAAAGGAAUCCUCUCCUUCCACAGGAAGUAGCACCUGGAAACAAAGUCAAGCCAAGAGUGAGGUCAUUGCCAUCGAGUCAGGGCCAAUGGGCUAUGAUUCAGAGGAUGAGCUCGAGGAGUCGAGGGGUGCACUGGGCAGCCGGGCCCUCUCACAUGACAGCAUUUUCAUUCCGGAGUCAGGACAGGACCCUGCUCGGCCUGUGCGGGUGUUUUCCCAAGAAAAUGUGUGUGACCGGAUUAAAGCUCUGCAGUUAAAAAUACAGUGUAAUGUGAAAAUGGGGCCACCACCUCCUCCAGGGAGCCUUCCUGUCAAACGAGGAGAUGAUGCCGGUAUGAGUUCUGAGGACGAUGGGCUGCCCAGGAGCCCCCCAGAGAUGUCCUUGCUGCAUGACAUCGGUCCCAGCACAACCAUAAAGGUCUCUCUAGUUUCCUCACUCCGGCCGCUGUCUCCAGACCAUUCGAGCGAUGCCAGUGUCUCCCCCCGGACCUUGGACAGCAGCUUGGCACCUGUGGCUGACUUCGACUAUCCCCCAGAAUUCUCCUCCUGCCUGGACAACUCUGCAGCUAAGCACAAGCUCCUGGUUAAGCCCCGCAACCAGCGGUCAAGCAAAAUGAGGCGGCUGUCUUCGCGGGCACAGUCUGAAUCCCUGAGUGAUCUGACCUGCACUCCAGAGGAGGAGGAAUGUGAUGGGAGGCACUUACCCAAGGUCGGCGCAGAAGAGAACCCAAGUUCUGGACAGCAGGAUAUGGUACCUGACAGGGGCCCCACGCCAGAAGGACCAGCCACCACUCUGCAAUCUGGGGGGCCCCGUGCCAGACGGGCACGCUUGCAGCACUGCCCGGCACUCAGUGCCAGCACUGAAGAGGAGACCCUCCCUGGGGACAACCCCCCCAGCCUCCUGGCCACCCCAGAGGUCACUGAGCCUAUGUUCAUCCCAGCCCCCUGUGCAGAGGCCCCCUCUCUGCCAGAGGACUCCCCACAGCCUAAUCCUGACAGUGAGAACCAGAGUGAGGCUCUGCCUCUUGCAAGCACAUGUCCGCCAGUCGAGGACACAGUUGAUGAGGUGUUUUGUGCUUCUGGAGACGUUGAGAGUGGAUUAUCUCCCCACGUCCCUGAGGUGGACACGACACCUGAGACCAGCCCUGCCACCACCUUGGAGACUCCUUCAGGUCUAGACCCGCCACAGCAAAGUGUGCAGGAGGAGGGGGAGCCGACACUGGAGGCGCCCAGGCCCGAGGGAGCAGGGACAGAGCCUUCCGAGGCCCCCGUGGCGAGUCCCCCGGUCCCCAAGAGCUGCCUGAAGUCCAAGGCCCCGGUGGCCGGCGCGAGCCUCCCCGCCCCCCCGACGCCGCCCCCGGAGGAGCCCGCGCCCUGUGUCCCGGAGGAAGGGGCCGCGCCCCGGGGGCGCCCCGAGGCCGAGCCCCAACACGCGGGCCCGGGGAGCGGCGCAGUGGAGCGAGGCGGCGGCGAGCUGCGGGGCGCGCGGUUCUCCGUGUCGUCGGGCCGGGCGUGGCCGCGCGCGGGCGGCGCCCUCCAGCUGCAGCGCCCCCGGCCCGGUGGCCCCGGCCCCGCGCGGCUGCCCCUCGGGAGGAGCGGCCCGGCCUGGCGCAGCGAGGCGGCGCUCGACGACCUGCAGGCGCCGGCCGAGCCCGGCGACGGGGAGCCGGGCCCGCAGAAGCCGCCCUCCCCCUCCGAGCGCGGCCCCCAGGACUCGGAGCCCAGGGCGGCAGCGCCGGCCAGGGGACCCCGCGUUGCGGCCGCCGGAGACCCCUGCCCGGCCGCGCGCGGGCCGCCCGCGGGUGAGGCCAGAAGCCCCUUCCCCGUCAAGCUGCGGGCCACGUCGCUGUCCUUCAAACACAGGGACGCGCCCAGCGCGGACAUCAGAGGAGUGAAGCGCUACAGUGCGGAGGUCAGGUUAGAAAAAGGAGGGCUGACUUUGCUCCCGAGGGACGACAAGUGUCAGGCGGGGAAGGCCCCCGGCCCGCGAGGCUCCCGGGCGCCGAGCGACCACGGCAAGGCGAAGGCCCGGCCGUCGGAGCAGCCCGGCGCCAAGCCGCCCCUGCCCAGAAAGCCGCUCCUACAGCCCCUCACCCUGCCGCCCGCGCCCGCCGCCCCUGAGGCGGGCCCGCGGGAGCCCGGGAAUGCCAGCAGGACGGCGGAGAGGAGGUCGCCGCACAGGGGAGCUGACACCUCUGAGCGAGCGCGGUCAGCACCUGGGCUUCCAUUCCUCCGCCUGCCUGUGCUCCUCCAACCACUGUGGGUGUUGUCCCACCCGUGCUUGUCCCCCAGUGCAGUGACCUCUCUUCAGAGCCCCUGCACAGGAGGCAUCCCAGAUUCACGCCUGUUUCCUGAAGUUCUCUUCCUUUGACGCCCUUGGCCACAGCAGUCAGCCCAUCACCUUCGUGGGCAUCUCUCCCCAAUAUCUCAACAUCCACAAUUCAGUUUAUUGACACCUGCCACACCCCAGAUCAUUUCCCCAUGUAUCCAAAUCCUCAACCUAAAGUCCUCAGGGUCAUUAAAAGUAUUUUAAGAUGGGAGAUACUGAAAAGCUUAAAAAUUAUAUGCACAAUCACCUUGUCAUCCUACUGCUUUAAAAUUACACAAAAAGGAGCUUGCAGUUCUGACCAAGAUAAAUACAUGCCACCCCAUCUCUCCCACUGAUAAAAUUAGGAACUCUGUGUGAAGGAAUAUCAGAGGUUUCUGAAAGGUAGAUGAGAGUCACUCAACCAGGUAGAGAGCUUGGGACCUUGCGAUUACCCGGCAGCCAGUGCUGGCGAUGAAGCACCACAUCCCUCUGCCACUGCCUCUGUGGUACCAGCAACCCCUCAGGCCCCGGCUCUUGUGGCUGCCCAGGUCCCCCUGCUGCUCUCUGCCACAGCCAGCAGCAGCACCCAUACCAUGGGAGACAGCUAGCUAGGCAGUCCUGGCCCUGCUCCAGGGGACCGCCACCAGGUCAGCAGGGCUUCCCCUAUGUGCCAGUACUCCCUGCAGGAUGGAGCUCUUGAUUCCUGCAUCCCUGUGCCAGGCAAGUGCCAACAACCAGCUGGAACCUCUUGUCCUGGUGGUAGUGCAGUGGUGUCACUUGUGGGCAGAGCUCUUUCAGCCCUUCCAGCCACACUCAUGAGCACCAGCAAAGAGGCACCGAUAUCCACCCACAGCAACAUGUGUGGGUCAGAGCCCCAUGACUCUCCCAUCACCACCGCAGCAGAGAUCCAAUAGCAGCAACGGUGUGGUGGGGGUGGCCCUAUGGGCUCCUUUGUCUCACCGCUCUGCCGUGAGGUGGUCCCAGCCACGGGAUCACACAGCUGCAGAGGCUAAGCCCUGGCUUUCUAGCUGGAGAGCCCUGGGGAGUGGAAAUCACAGCAAGGAGACACCUGAGGAGGGGUUCUUUACAUAUGUAUACGAAGUCCUGGGCUCUUCCCUGAGAUGCACCUGCAGGAACUGAGUAGAAUUAGCACAGCAGAGCCUUUGAGAAGUAACAGGACUGAGUCUCAACAUACUACUCAAAAUGUCUAAGAUACAAACCAAUAUUAUUCAACAUACAGAGAAUCACGGAAACCUGAAAAAUUCUCUAAGAAAAAGGCAAUCAACAAACACCAACACUGAGAUGAUCCAAAUGUUAGAAACACUAGACAAAAAUUUUAAAGCAACGGUUAUGCCAUUUUCCAAAAGGUAAGAGUGAGCACUCUUCAAAUGAAUGGAAAGAUAGAAAUUCUCUGCAAAGAAAUAGAAGUUAUAAAAAAAUAAAUAUUUUAGAACAGGAAAAUACAGUAACAGAAACAAAACAUUUUUUGGGAGAGCUCAUUAGUAGAAUGGAGACAACGGAGGAAAGAUUCUGGAACUUCAAGAUAGAUCAAUAGUAAAUCUCUAGCCUGAGCACAAAAAGAAAAGAAAGAAAAAACAAAACAGAGCAAAGCCUCAGGGACCAGUGGACCAAUAUAAAAAAAACCCAACAUUCAUGUCAUACAAGUUCCCAAGGAAGAAGCGAUUUGAGUAGAAGAAAACACAUCAGAAAAUAGUGACUGAAAGCCUUCUAAAUUUUUGUGAAACAAAUUUAUAGGCCCUACUCGCUCAGGUAAAUUACUUUUGUGCCUUUGUAAAAAGAAAAUUGGCUGUAUUUGUGUAUGUUUAUUUCAUCUUUUCAACAAAUGGUUCUGGAACGUGAUCAUAGGCAAAAAUACAAACCUUGGCCUGUCUGAUAUCGUAUGCCGAAAUUAAUUACAAAGGAGUCACUGAAUUAAAUGCAAAAUAAAACUAUAAAACUUUUAGGAACUUAGGAGAAAAAUCUUUGGAACCUAGGACUAAGGCAAAGAGGUAUUAAACUUGACAUCAAAGCAUGAUCUAUAAAAGGAAAAUUUGAGAAAUUGAACUUCGUCAGAAUUAAAAACUUGCCUGCCAGAAACCCCUUUCAGAGGAUGGAAAGACUGAGAAAAUAUCUUCAAACCACAUAUUCAGUAAAGGACUAGUCUCUAAGAUACAUAAAGUAUUCUCAGAACUCAACAGUACAAAUCCAAAAACUAUAAUUAGAAAAAGGGCAAAAGGCAUGAAUAGAUAUCUCACCAGAGAGAAUAUACAGACAGCAAAUAAGCACAUGAAAAGAUGUUCAACAUCAUUAGCCAUUAGAGAAACACCAAUUGAAAUCAUAGUGACAUACCAUUACACACUUGUUAGAAUAGCUAAAAUAAUAAGUACUAGUAAUAUAGCACACACUGGAGAGAAUUCAGAGCGACUGGAACCCUCAUACAUUGCUAGCAGAACUGCAGAAUGGUACAGUCACUUUGGAAAAUGAUUUGGCAGCUUUUUACAAAAUUUAAAAUACACUUGCCUUAAAACCCAGCAAUCCUGCUUCUAAGUAUUUAUCCUAGAUAAAUGAAAACGGGAUCACACAAAAGCCUGUACAUGAAUGUUUAUAGCAGCAGUAUUCAUAAUCACCUGAAACUGGAGAUACCUCAAAUAUCUUUCAAUUGGUCACUGGGUAAACUGUGGUACAUCUAAACAAUGGCAUAUUUAUUACUUAGCAAUAAAAAGGAAUCAACUAUUGAUAAUCACAGUAACAUAGAUGAAUUGUAAAUGCAUGUGCUAAAUGAAACAAGCCAGUCUCAGAAAAUCACAACUGUAUUAUUCCACUUAUAUGGCAUCUGAAAGAAGCAAAAAUAGAACAGAUCAGUAGUUGUCAGGGGUUGGGAGUAGAGGUAGAGCCAGUCUGCUAGCACAAGGACGACAUUGUUCUGCCUCCUAUUCGUGAUGGUUGUUACAAGUAUGUGUUAAAACUCAUGGAACUACAUACAACAAAAAAGAUUGAUUUUACUGCAUGUUGGUUUUGAAAUCUUUUAAGUGACACAAAAAGGUGAUAGUGGCCUCCUCUCCAUCCCUCUCCGCACCUCCCUAAUCCCACUGCACAGAAGGAACCGCCGUGAACAGAGUCAUCCACCCUUUUCCCAUGCCUGUAGCAGUCACAGCUACGUCAAUGUGGACAUGCAGGUAGAGGGCCGAGUCCUUUUUUUUUUUUUAACCACAAAGAUGCUAUUCGUGUUGGCUGCAGUUUAUUUUCACUCCACAAGCAGUGUGGGCAUCUCUUCUGAUCAGAAUGAGUUACUCAAACUCAUUCUUUUUAAGGGCUACAUCAUAAUGUGUUAACCAUUCCCCUACUGACAGGCCUUCUGAUGGAUUUGAGAUGUUUUCCAUUUGCUAACAGUAUUUCAGUAACCAUUGUUGUCUGUUUUUAUCUCUUUGUAUUCACACUAUUUCUUUAGGAUUGAUUCUUUAAAGUGGGUUUUCUGGCUCCCAGGGCAUGUAGUUUUUGUUCAACAGACAACUUCAGUUGCCCUCUAUAGAGGUUGUACAGGUUUAUACCUGUUGGAGCAGAAUAGCCACUGUUUUUCCACCCUCUCGUCAGCACUAGGUGUUGGCAAUCUUUUUUUUUUUUUACCACUCUGAUGGAUGAAAACAUAAGUCGUAUUUUACACCUGGCUCAGCAGUUCCCAGUCAUCCUAAUGUGACUAUCUCUACCCCCACCCCCACCUGGCCCCCUUCAGCCCUCAUCAUGUUUAACCUGACUCCUGCGGUACCUCCCCCCACUCUCGCUUCUCAAGGCAUGGGUCUAAGCACGGAGCUUUCCUCCUCAAAAAUUCUUGAAGCUUUCCCAUGGUAUGUAGAAUAAAAUUCAAACUCCUGGGUAAGGUAUUUAAGGCUUUUUAGAUUCUGGCUAAAGUCAAUUCUUCUGCUUUCCUAAUGGCCACACCUAGGCUUCCUUUGGUGUCUCUCUCCUCCAGCCCCACCCCUGCACCAGCUCCCCUGGUGCUCAGCACAUGCUCUGCUCGUUGGGGGCUACAGGCCUGCAGUGUGUGGUCCUCUGCUGUGUUUGCACGACCAGGUGCAGAACCAGGGAGAGAAGCAAGCAAGGUGGGGCUAGGGGGUGUGAAGGGCUGAAGGGCGCUAAAGGGUUUGGAAGUUUUACACCAAGGUCAAGCCCCAGGAUCUGUGGAACUCUGAGCAAGUAGGUUUCCUAACCUCUGAGUUCUCAUUUCCUCCUUUGUAAAAUGAGGUUGAUAGAAAUACAUCAGGCAGCAAAAACAUUUUAGCUACAAAACAUCAUGCAAUUUCAUACAGUACAGUCAUACUUUCCUAAGGAGGUACCAAAAUACCCUCAUCUGGGCUGCACUGAACAGUAUAUGGGAAUGGGGCUCUCCCUGUCCUGGUUUUCAUGAAGGCCCCAAUGCAAAGAUACAAGACCCUGAGAGAACACAUGUGCACAAUAUUGUGGGGAGUCACCACCCUGAGGCUAUACAGGGGUCCUUGGAGGAAAGAGGAAGAAAGGGGAUUUGCAAAAUACUUUCUUCAGGGAACAUAGCUACUGUUCUGUGUUCCCCAGCUCAAGUGUAGGCCCUGGGAAUCCACCCCCAUCCAGUCUACAAGGAGGCCUUCUAUGAGGCUUCUUGGAGAGCUAGAUAGCUGUGCACUACAGCCAGGCAACGGUGCUGGACUCAGGCCACCAGGGGCCACGGAGCAGACACGGCUAUCACAUCACCCACCUGUGCUCUCAGAGCCCUGCCUGAUGGAGAGGGCAAAGGGACACUGGGAGCAGGAGAUGGGGGAAACUGAGUCACAGCCAGAGAGGUGCAGUGGAAGAUGGAGUCAUUUCCAGACCCCAGCCAGGCCCAGAAAGGAAAAGUGCACUGGCAGGGGCCAGACAAUCCCUGCCUGUCCUCCUCUUCCUACCCGGGCCCUUAGCCCUUGGGGAAGGAGUCCCUACCCCAGCUCAGACACCCUGCAUUCAGGGGCACAGGAGACUUAGUGCUCACUCAAAGCAGUCAUGUUCCCCACCAGCUCUCACCUCUUAGAAAAUGAACAAGCUACGAGCACCACUUAAAGCCACAGUGGCACUUUUUCCUCCUGCCAUGUGGGUUUGAAGAUGGUGAGAGAGGAGGUAUGUAGGUCAGGGGAAGGUGGGCUUCCAAGGAACUGGGGUGAGGCAGAGACCCCAGCAGUGGCUCCUGACCUUGGACUAGGGAAAAGGGGUGAGGACAGUUUAGCCCUGGUGACCUCAUGCUGGUGGCCAGAAAGAGGCGCUCAGACAUAGUUUUCCCCCCUCAAGAGCUCCAUUUUGCCAGGAGACUGCAAAUGAAUCUAUGUGUGAAGAAGCAAGUUCUCUGCCCUUUCUCAUGUGUGGAGUCUCAUUUAGAAGAAGAAAUGGAAGCAGAAAGGGGAAUUCGGGGCAAACCUUUGGAGGAUGGAGGGAAGAGGGAGAUUGGUUGCGCAAGGGGGCAGCAGUACAACAAGCAAAUGGGCCCAGGACCCCAGAUGCAUUUGGGGCCCCAAGGGAAGUGAGGAGGAUGGGCUGGGUCUGCUGAUGAGGCAGAGGAUGUCCUUGGGAGAGCCCUGGUCCCCUUGAGCAGCAGCCUUGCCUAAUGCAGUAUACAGCCACCUCCGCAGCACACACUUGUCCCAUUUACUCUGUGUGGACAGGGAGCGGCCUCUUUCUGGUCUCUAAGCACCAAGGGAGUCCUGAGUAUCUUUGAGUAGUUUUUGUCUUUUGUUUUGUGGCUUUUUACAGAAGAAUGAUACACAUGCAGAGAAAUGCACAGAUCAUAUGUGUGCCACUGAAUGAAUUUUUGCACACUGAAUGCAACAGACAAUCAACAGAAUGAGACCAGUACCCCACAAGCCCUCCCAGGCCCCCUUCCAGCAGGCUCUGGAACUCAUUCCUGGGCUUUGACCAACUGUUGGCGUGGAAGGCCAACUCCUCAUGGCUCUUGCAGGAGAGCUUGCAUGUGCACUGGAGAGAUGUGUUAGCUUAGGAACAUCUUUCCUGCCUGUGACUUAGCACCAACCAAGGGCCUGAUGCCUAGUGGGCACUCAUCAGAUACAGUCCCUUCUCAUAUUUCCAGGAGUUAACACUCUAUAAAGUCACUGCAAACAUUGAAUUAGUGAAUGCCAAAUCACUGACCCUAGGGGAAAUCCGAGUUAGGUUCCUGUGAGUCUCCGAUCCGCUUUUUUGUCAACUAAUCAACACAUAACCUUGUUUUAUGUGUUUCUGUGUAAAGACACCUUAUUUAUUAUGUACUGUAGAUUCAUUAACAUCUGAUUUGCAGCCGACAGCUCUAUAACUUGGCCUGAACGAAGCUCAUGUAACAUGUAUAUUUUCUCUGUAAGGCACAACACAGCCUUCUGCUUAGGAACACUGGACAGCACUUCAGCACUAGACGUGGGUCUAUUUUAAAUGGUAAAAAUCACCAAAAAAAAAAACCCACAGGAAUGCAAAAAAUGUAGCACUAAGUAUCCUGUAAACAGGACACAUGUUUACAGUAUGGGAGCAGAAACAAGAAGGGAACAGCACCCCCGUGUUCAGCUGGUGACAUGCACAUUGGAAAUCUUUCACUGCUCUGUGCAUGUCCACAGAUGAGCAUGGUCUUGAGUAUGGGUUUGGGGGUUACACAUACAUCUCAGCAGAUGAAUUCUCAAAUACGGAAUUCUUGGACAGUGAGGACUGGCCCAUUUUGCUGAAUGAGAAAAGUGACGGUGAUUAGUUUAAUUUGGAGGCAAAACUAGGACACGGCCCCAUUACACAUCAUUAAAAAUGGGAGCUUUGCUCACCCUCAAAAUGCUCAGCAGAGUUAUGAGAUGAAUGCCCAAGUGAGCAUUAAAAACCCAAGUUCUGCGGUAAGAUCACACAGCCUGGCUCAUGGACAGAACCGAUGAAGAGCACUGGCAUGUAUUGAUCAGGAGCUUCUAAGUAAUCCCAGGACUGACAACAGAUAAAUAAACGCUUAGAAAAAGAAAACCCUCUACCCUCAACUUUCAUACAGGAAGCCUGACAGAAAGCCUCAGCGUGGGUGAGGCCUGUGUGUCAGAGGCCAGGACCCGCCCACUCCAGUGGUUCCCUAUGGGUCUGGGUACGCACCUGGUUGCCUCCCUGGGAGCCAGGGUCCUGGCAGUGGAUCUGGAGGGGACCAAUGGGGAGACAGAAACUAAGGACGUCUGCUCCUUUACUGAAGCGCCCAGGCACCGUUCUGGCUUCCACUACUUCUGACAAAUGGUGAUGAUGCAUCCACUUUACAUCAGAAAUCUUAGAGAGCAAACCCAAGCCUCUCUGCGGAAGGAGAGCUGGGAAUGAGCUGUUGCUAUGUGUAAGAUGACAGCAUAAUGGAAAAAGAUUUAGAGGAGUCUGCCAAAGCAUUUCUCAGCUCUCUUGAGUUAUUGAUUUAUAGGAAACUUUUCUACUUCUUUAUGCUUUUAUCUGAUUUCUGAAUUUGUACAAUGUGCCUGUGUACUUUUAUAAACAAGUGUGGAUAAAGUGAAGGUUCCUGUGGACAGGAUUCUCACCUGGCCCUGAUCAGCUAGCUCACUACACACGUGUGGGCCAUACAUUGUUAUUGGCUCUAUAUAAAGAGCUCCGCCCAGUGCUCUGGGCUGCACAGCUGCAGGAGAGCAGAGGCUGGAGUGGUGGCAGUGCCAAGGACCGAGACUGAGACAGUUGUGCUGGCAGAGAGGCUCAGAGGCAGAGACCGGCUUGAUGUGUGCAGAUGCACUCUGAGCAGACAGGAUCCUAGUGAUUGACCUGCCACCGUGGAAAUAAAGUUGGAUAUAAACGCUUUCACCCCAAGAAUGUUCUAUUGUCAUUCUUUGGUCUCAUUGAAUCCAUAGUGAACUUGUCCCGGGCUGAAACCUAUUGGCAAGGCAACAAGAAACAUUUUAUGGAAGGAAAAAGAUUCUUAAAAAUUGCUGCUUCCGAAAUAACAUCAUAUACCAAACUUUUAAGAGGUGUAAGAUUCCUGCCAUCCUGCUGUGUGUGACCUUUGGGCAAGGUAUCUGCUUAAUUUUCUCAGCCAAACAGCAAGAAACCAUGGUAAUUUACAUGAUACAGCCCAUUGCCUCUCACCCAGAAGAUGGUUUUUUUCAUAGCACCUAGCUUCCAGGCAGUUGGGUCCUGCAAGUCGCAUGGGUGUAGACCACUGUAGUCCCACCUUACCCCACAGAGGAUCAUUACAGAAGUCGUUUGAAUGAAAGGAACACUACCUUAAGGCUGAAUUUUAAUAGGCACCAAAAAAAAGAAGGAAAAAAAAAUAUCAACAAUUAGCCAAAAGGAAGUGAUACGAAGAAUCAGCCUCCCAAAGGGGUGGUUGCUUGUCUGUAGAAAUGGUUUAACAGUGAGGAUUUUCUGAAUGGUUAACUUUAGGUCUUCCUGAAUACAAAUAGCUUGGUUAAAAUGUCAAAAGCGAGUUCAGAAACCACCGGUUCUCCUCCACAUUUCAUUUAGAUUUCUGUGUAAGGGUCUGUUUUAAGAAUAAUCUCUGUGGUAGGCUCGCAGGAAGAUGGAUGAAAACUGUGCUGCCAUCUUGCGCCCUGUGAAGCCGCAUCAGGGGCUGCCUGCCAGCUGGGCUUUCCGUAACAGUGACACACGGAGCAGCAGAGAGCAGGACGUCAGUGUGCACGGGGUGACU